UCGCUCACCCGGACCCUGACCAUAUCCAAAAACGAUGACUCGGGCAUACCCAUUGCCAGUGCUCAGCUGGAGGACGUCUCUGAGCUUCUGGGUGGUGCUCUGUUUCUGCCUCUGUUCAAAUGGAUGAACCAGUACGGUCCAAUUUACAGGCUUGCAGCUGGGCCUAGAAACUUCGUGGUGGUCAGUGACCCUGCUAUUGCUAAGCAUGUGCUGAGGAAUUAUGGCAAGUAUGCGAAGGGUCUUGUUGCUGAGGUCUCUGAGUUUUUGUUUGGUUCUGGUUUUGCAAUCGCUGAAGGCCCACUUUGGACGGCUAGACGCAGGGCUGUGGUGCCAUCUCUUCACAAGAAGUACUUGUCGGUGAUAGUUGAUCGGGUAUUUUGCAAAUGUGCUGAGAGAUUAGUGGAGAAGCUACAAUCUGAUGCACUUAAUGGAACAGCUGUAAACAUGGAGGAUAGAUUUUCUCAACUAACUCUUGAUGUUAUAGGCCUUUCUUUAUUCAACUACAAUUUUGAUUCUCUUAAUGCUUAUAGCCCUGUUAUUGAGGCUGUUUACACUGCAUUGAAAGAGGCGGAGCUUCGCUCUACUGUCUCAAUUAGUGAUGUCGUUUUUUGGUUGUUGCAGGUUAGUGCUUUCCGUAAGAUAAUCCCAAGACAAAUAAAAGCUGAAAAAGCAGUUUCAGUGAUCAGGAGUUCUGUUGAAGAACUUAUUGCUAAGUGCAAAGAAAUUGUGGAAGCUGAGGGUGAGAGAAUUGAUGAGGAAGAAUAUAUAAAUGACACUGAUCCAAGCAUCCUUCGCUUUUUGCUUGCAAGUAGAGAAGAGGUAUCGAGCGAGCAAUUACGAGAUGAUCUUCUGUCUAUGUUGGUUGCUGGACAUGAGACAACUGGUUCAGUGUUGACUUGGACACUUUAUCUUCUAAGUAAGAAUUCCCACUCAUUGGUGAAAGCACAAGAAGAAGUUGAUACAGUUUUACAGGGACGGCGUCCUUCCUACGAUGAUAUAAAAAAUCUAAAGUUCUUGACACGCUGUAUUAUGGAAUCAUUGCGUCUCUUUCCACAUCCUCCUGUUUUAAUAAGAAGAGCUCAAGUUGCUGAUGUGCUCCCAGGGAAUUACAAAGUCAAUGCUGGUCAAGAUAUCAUGAUCUCAGUAUACAAUAUCCAUCAUUCUUCAGAGGUGUGGGAAAGAGCAGAAGAAUUUUUACCCGAAAGAUUUGAUUUGGAAGGCUCUGUGCCUAAUGAAACAAACACAGAUUUCAGAUUCAUUCCGUUCAGUGGAGGGCCUCGAAAGUGUGUCGGUGAUCAGUUUGCUUUACUGGAAGCUAUUGUUGCUCUGGCCAUCUUCAUUCAGCACCUCAACUUUGAGCUGGUUCCAGAUCAGAACAUCAGCAUGACAACAGGAGCAACAAUUCACACUACAAAUGGUUUGUUUAUGAAAUUGAGCCAACGGCAAGCAAAACCAGCAUUCGCAACUUCAUCUUCUUCAACCUCUUAGCAUCUUGUUACUUAAACAAUGCGUGAGAUUGAUAGGAGAAUCCUAGUGUCCUUUAGAAAUGCAAAGAGUCUGUACAAGUAUUGAUUAUCAAAAUGAACUAAUGAUGUUUAGAAAGAAAGGAAAAAGAGAGUGCCAGAGAGAGAGAGAGAGAGAGAGAGAGAGAGAGAGAGAAGCGCAAGAAAGACUGGUGUUUGUUUAUUGCACUUUGAAACCUUAUUUAUUUCUAACAAAGAUGAGAUUUAUCUAA